AUGACAGACGUUGAAGGCUACCAAACCAAGAGCAAGGGGAAAAUUUUCCCAGAUAUGGGUGAGUCCUUUUUCUCAUCAGAUGAGGACUCACCGGCUACUGAUGCAGAGAUCGAUGAGAACUAUGAUGAUAAUAAGGAAACGCUGGACGGCGGUGAGGAAAGGGACACCGGAGUCAUGGUUACAGGACUGAAGAAGGCACGGAAGAAGACCAAAAGUAGCAGGCAUACAGCGGCGGAUUCUUCUAUGAAUCAAAUGGACGCUAAGGAUAAGGCGCUUUUACAGGACACUAAUAGCGAUAUACCGGCAGAUUUCGUUCCAGAUUCCGUCUCAGGAAUGUUCAGAAGUCAUGACUUUAGUUACUUGCGGUUGAGGCCAGAUCAUGCUUCAAGGCCCCUUUGGAUCUCGCCAAGUGAUGGUAGAAUCAUUCUGGAAAGUUUUUCUCCACUGGCAGAACAGGCUCAAGACUUUUUGGUCACCAUUGCAGAGCCUAUAAGUAGACCUUCUCAUAUUCACGAAUACAAGAUCACUGCAUACUCUUUGUAUGCUGCCGUUUCUGUAGGGUUAGAAACGGACGAUAUCAUUUCGGUCUUGGAUAGACUGUCUAAAGUACCAGUUGCGGAAUCGAUAAUCAACUUCAUCAAGGGGGCUACCAUUUCCUACGGUAAAGUGAAAUUGGUUAUCAAGCAUAAUAGAUAUUUCGUGGAGACUACGCAAGCAGAAAUUCUACAAAUGUUGCUGAAUGAUUCCGUUAUCGGACCCCUAAGGAUAGAUAGCGAUCAUCAGGUACAGCCAGCAGAGGACACAUUGCAGCAGAAUCUUCAACAGACCGCUGGAAAACCAGCCACUAAUGUUAACCCGAGCGACGUGGAGGCCGUGUUUAGUGCAGUUAUAGGUGGCGAUAAUGAGCGGGAAGAUGAUGAUGAUGAUAUUGAUGCGGUUCACUCUUUUGAAAUUGCCAACGAGUCUGUUGAAGUCGUAAAGAAAAGAUGCCAAGAAAUAGAUUAUCCCGUGUUGGAAGAAUAUGACUUCAGAAAUGAUCAUAGAAAUCCAGAUUUAGACAUUGAUUUGAAACCUUCCACUCAGAUCAGACCUUAUCAAGAAAAAUCGCUGAGUAAAAUGUUUGGUAAUGGCCGUGCUCGUUCAGGGAUUAUUGUUUUGCCAUGUGGUGCAGGUAAAACCUUGGUCGGUAUUACUGCAGCAUGUACUAUAAAAAAAUCCGUGAUUGUUUUAUGUACUUCAUCAGUCUCCGUCAUGCAAUGGAGGCAGCAAUUUUUGCAAUGGUGUACCUUACAACCGGAAAAUUGUGCUGUUUUCACCUCUGAUAAUAAGGAAAUGUUUCAAACGGAGUCCGGUUUGGUUGUUUCCACUUAUUCGAUGGUGGCAAACACAAGAAAUAGGUCUCACGAUUCACAAAAGGUUAUGGAUUUUUUGACUGGUAGAGAAUGGGGAUUUAUUAUUCUUGAUGAAGUUCAUGUGGUACCCGCCGCAAUGUUCCGUAGGGUGGUCUCCACCAUCGCAGCACAUGCCAAAUUGGGACUGACUGCAACACUGGUUAGAGAAGAUGAUAAAAUUGGUGAUCUGAAUUUUUUAAUUGGUCCAAAACUUUACGAAGCGAAUUGGAUGGAAUUGUCCCAAAAGGGACAUAUUGCAAACGUCCAAUGUGCGGAAGUUUGGUGUCCCAUGACAGCAGAAUUUUACCAAGAGUAUUUAAGAGAAACCGCAAGGAAAAGAAUGUUGUUGUAUAUCAUGAAUCCAACAAAGUUUCAGGCGUGCCAAUUUUUAAUUCAAUAUCACGAAAGAAGAGGUGAUAAGAUCAUCGUUUUCUCUGAUAAUGUUUAUGCCUUACAAGAAUAUGCCUUGAAAAUGGGAAAACCGUUUAUUUAUGGUUCCACGCCACAACAAGAGCGUAUGAAUAUUUUGCAAAAUUUCCAAUACAAUGACCAAAUCAAUACCAUUUUUCUAUCAAAAGUUGGUGAUACUUCCAUUGAUUUACCGGAAGCCACUUGUUUGAUUCAAAUAUCUUCUCACUAUGGGUCUCGUCGUCAGGAAGCCCAAAGAUUAGGAAGAAUUUUAAGAGCUAAAAGACGUAAUGACGAAGGUUUCAAUGCGUUCUUUUAUUCUCUGGUUUCUAAGGAUACGCAAGAAAUGUAUUACUCAACAAAGAGACAAGCGUUCUUGGUCGAUCAAGGUUACGCAUUCAAAGUUAUUACACAUUUACACGGAAUGGAGAACAUCCCAAACUUGGCAUAUGCUUCACCCAGAGAACGUAGGGAGCUACUGCAAGAAGUACUGUUGAAGAACGAAGAAGCUGCUGGCAUUGAGGUCGGUGAUGACGCUGACAAUUCUAUCGGGAGAGGUUCGAACGGACACAAAAGAUUUAAAUCAAAGGCCGUUAGAGGCGAAGGUUCAUUGGCUGGUCUCGCUGGCGGCGAAGAUAUGGCAUAUAUGGAGUAUACCACCAACAAGAACAAAGAACUGAAGGAACAUCAUCCAUUAAUUAGAAAGAUGUAUUACAAGAAUUUGAAGAAGUGA